UUUCAUCACAAUCGAUAGACAGUUCAGUGUUGUUGCUCAGCUGUUGCUGAGAAUGAGAAAUGGAGUGGAAGUUUAUUUACGAACCAGUCGAGAAAUAACAAAAAUAAGGAACCAAAACAAAGAAAUCGAAUUCUAUUUAGUAUGUCAGAAACAGCUGUUUAAAUGAAAGCUAAAAUAUAAGGGAAAACAUAUAAAAAAGCUGCCUUAUGCUACAUAAUAUUAUGAGCAAAUUCAAAAGUAUAAGCAUAUCAAAACCAGCAAAUAUUCCAAAUCAACAAAUGCAAUAUAUUUGCAUUAACUGUGGACAUCCGAUAGCAGAGCUGUACAGAAAAUAUAGCAACACUGCAAUCAAGACUAAUCAUUGCGAACGAUGCAAAAGAGUAGCAGACAAAUAUGUCGAAUUUGAUUCCAUAGUAAUACUGGUAGAUGCGAUGCUUUUGUCACAAGAAUCUUACCGACAUAUGCUGCAUAACCGAAGCUUCAAGCUGAACUGCAAAUUAUUCCUUGUGUUGCUGUUACUGGAAUCAUUCGCUUUAUGGCGACAAAAAGCCGCCGCUAGACAAGGAGGCUCGCACAAUGAAAUAAGCGAAAAUGGAUUUUAUUUAUGCUGCAUGCUAAAUUUAACUGACUACUUCAUUGUAACACUGAUGCUGUUUCUCGUAACCAUAGUGUUUCACCCAAGGCAGAUUGAAAAUACAGGGCUAAGUAAAUUUCUACUAAACUUACUAAAAGCGGUAACCAUAGCAAAUUUUUCCAAAAUUUUCCUAUUACCACUGAUCGCAUGGCGUGAGAAUACCACAAAUAUGGGCAUCAACAUCCAUCAAUUACUCGUUUUAGCUCAUCACCUAUUCUCUUUGAUGUAUAUCUACGAAUUAGUGGGUAAUUUCAACAAAGUAAAAAGUUGUUUUAUAAUAUUGUUCGUUUAUCUUGCCAAAGAACAAAUUAGUAAAUCACCUUAUUUACAGCGAUCUUUUUGAAUAUAUUUAUAUGUGCAAUAAAAAAUAUUAUUGGAAAAUAUACCGACGUUAAGAAAAAGUA